UUCAGGGUUGCAUGAUGGGAGGCUAUGGGUGGCAUGAGACAUGCAUACAGACUGCAUCUACAUCUGCAUGAAGGCCACACCCCAACGCAACCCAAGAGCCACUGUUCCCCGCAUGUAAUUUGGUUAUUGAGAGUUUCCAGCCCGUAACCAACUCCAGCACUAAUCGAUUCUGGGAGUGGAAAAUAGGAACACUAGUCUGCAAGGAUGCCCCUGAGAAGAAUCUUUUAUGAGAUUGAGAGUCAGCCGGUUAGGGCCCCGUCUCGAUAGCCGAUGAUAUGCCACGAGGCACUACGGCUCACGCACUGCAUGAUCCGCCUUGAUAAAUGGAUCCUUCGUUGCAGAGCUUAUAAUAUAAGGAAGUGAAGGAUUGUGGAAGAAGGAAUGCAAGGUGGUAUUGUAUUAUAUAUUGUCUUAAUCCAUACUUUCUCAUUCAACAUGGAGAGUCCUCGCGAAACUACUCCAAAGAAAAGGCUGGCGUGCGAUAGAUGUCACGCCCGGAAACUACGGUGCUCCAGGGACCCAACUGGAUGUUUGCGCUGUAUUCGCGACGGAUCCACUUGUAUCUAUAGCCCAGCGCUUAAGGUCGGACGGCCAAGCAAAGCAUCUAUGGCCGCGAAGGAUGUGCAGUCAGGCCCCUCCCGGACGAUCGCAGAUGCUGCGCUCUUUACCCUUCCGGGUACCGAGUCCGUCAGUACAGAUUCUGGCAUAUCGCUCUGCACACCUCAGUCACACAUGCGGGGUGAAUUGAUCCCAGGGAGCAGUUCAUUUUUCUUUGACUGUUUGGAUUUGACGAAUCAUUCCAGCGCUGGUGAUGAUAACCAAGAAUUCUCUAGUAUUACAAACCACGACGAGGUUUGGACGACCUUCGCUAGCCCUACGCUCAAUCCACAUGAGGCCAUUCUUGACCCUCGUCUGGGAUGCACCUCCCCUACUAAAGAACCUAGCAAUGUGACGAAUGCUAUCGAGAGAUUGUCCCACCUGCAGCAGGAGCUAUUACGCACUAGGAUGGCCGCCCCCCAGUCAGGAGAUACUUCUAUAGGCAGGAAAUCUGUAGAAGCAGCUUUGAAACCAGGACAAGAGACGUUGGAUGUUGUGAGGGACCUAUUACAUCAGGCCCCGCGAGAUAAUGGCCGUAACUCGAAUUUAGCGUGUUCAGAUUGGCAGACGGCCCUCCAUCUCGUCUUAACCCCUCUCUCCCUGCUUCUGUCCACAUACAAUGAAAUAGUCCGCGAGAUCCAGACUGCAGUCAUAUUUACCACCCAGGGCUCCUUAUCCGGAAGCCCGUAUUCCGGUCUCUUCGACGCAAUGGAUCUACGACUAGGAGACUUACGGCUGGAUCGGCAACUACGCUUAAUACUCCUAGCCACGGUCAUUGAAUACCAGUUGAACCAACUACAUCAUACCCUGCGGCUAUUCCAAAAUAAACAUAUGCAGUCGGAGAUGAGCAUGGCAGAGGGUAUGCAAUCGUCAGCAAUGACGGAGUUACAGUCUACAAUUCGAACGUUGUUGUUACUGAUACGAAAGAUAUUGCAGCAAUCGCCGGAAAUAUAGUUUUUGUCGGCGAGGCAUUCUCGAAAGGCUGGAGAAGAAGUGCUGGAUACGAGGAAGACAUAUAUUAGUCGUGUUUUGGCUGGCCUGAAGACGAAGUUUGAAUUAUAACAACGUGAUACAUCU